AUGAAGAAAUACAGAAGCAGGGGCCCUAGUAAGGGUGAGGGCCCCCGCAGCAGAACAGCAGCAGCAGCAGCAGAAGCAGCAACGGGGAAGGGGCCUCUUGACUCGGGGUUUAAGCGAAAGAAGCACAAGAAGCAGCAGCAGCAGCAGCAGCGGCAGCAACAGCAAAGAAGCAAAAUAGCACUAGGAGAGGAGUACACAGGCUACUGCCCUUGGAGGGAGAGGCCUCAUGGGGGGCCUCUGCCUGCGAUUGAUCGCGUCAUAGUGAAUGAAUAUAUUCAGAGUUGCAGCAACUGCAGCAGCAGCAGCAACAGCAGCAGCAGCAACAACAACAGCAGCAAGAGCAGCAGCAGCAGCAGCAGCAGCAGCAGCAACUUGUCUUCAGCUUUGUGCCCUUCUUGCUUUUUUUCUUUGUACAUAAAAAAGCGCAAGCCGUGUUUGCUGCGUCUCGUAUCAAACGAAGACAGCAGCAGCAGCAGCAGCAGCAGCAGCAUGCAUACACCCAACGCGCUAGCAGCAUCAAAUGCCCUAACUAAAUGGAGGGACAUCGGUUAUCUGAAAGCAAAAGCAGGAAAAGAUAUCAUAGAUGUCGAAAUCAGGGGUCCCCAGGGGGCCCCCAGCUUCGGAAAGGGACAGUACCAGCAGCUGCCUUUCGGCGAGGUGCUGCAGCGGCUGCAGCACGGAGACGCUUCAUUAUAUGUAACGACGCAACGCAUAGCUAGUGAUCAAUACGGCCCGAAGGCCGUUUGUGGGGCGCCUUUAGACGUCUCUUUGGCGGGAGAUUUCCCUAAGGCCCCCGCGUUAGCUGGACAGCUGAUUGUCUCUCAGUUUAAUAUAUGGUUGGGUGCGAGCAGCAAAGGCAGCAGCACGGGGCUUCAUCACGACUUUCAUGAUAAUUUUUACUGUCUCCUUCGGGGUGCGCAUGAGGGAGCUGUGCGACGGGCUCGACAAAGAGCCCUCGAGGAGACCAUCAGAGAGCUGCAGCAGCAGCAGCAGCAGCUGGAGCAGCAGCAGCAGCAGCAGCCUGCAGCAGCAGCAGCGUUGAAAGCUGUGGAGAAUAAACUCAGCGAAGCCGAAGCGGAGUUGGAUGAGUGCCUUGAAGAAGCACUUGCAGCAGCAGCAGCAGCAGGAGACAGCAGCGAUGCUGACGAAGAAGAGUCUUCGUGCAGCGAGAUGUAUUUGCCUGCAAGUUGGUUUCAUGAAGUGAUAUCGUAUUCAAAUAAUAAAAAUCUAAAAGAGACACCAGAAGCAGCAGCAGCAGCAGCAGCAGCAGCAGCAGCAGCAGCAGCAAGCGGCAGCGGAGACACUGCAGCAAAAGGAGACACGAAAGAAGACAACGUGCACAUAGCAUUUAACAUAUGGCUGCACCCUCCCUCUUCAAACGCAACAUUUGAGAAGCCUUACUGUGACUCUUUCUGGGCUCAGCAGCAGCAGCAGCAGCAGCAGCAGCAGCAGCAGCAGCAGCAGCAUGCAGAAGGGGACAGUACAUCUGUCAAUGUGCGUUCAAAGGCACCCAAAGGCUUUAACUCCGCCACCUUGUCUGCUGAAGGCGCUGCAGCAGCAGCAACAACAACAGCAGCUCCUUCUGCAGCUGCUAUUGCUGCUGCUGCUGCUGCUGCUGCUGAUGCUGCUGCUGCUGCUUGUCCUCUGAAGCCGAGGAGGAGGGCUGAGAAGCUAAGAGGGAAGCCCCACUCUAAACGCCUGAUGACCCUGAGGCGUUUAGUCGGCGUUAUGAAGAAAUAA